AUGUCCAUUGCUGCUGAUUCAACCAAUUCACUGUGUUUAUCUAACGCGAUACCUUAUCACUUAUCUUCUUGUACUGCAAAUAAGUCGUGUAUAGAGGUAUCUGAAGAAGAAGAAUUAAUGAUAUUAAAGAAACAGACAAUAAAUAAAAAUAUGGAAUGUCCUUCUCUACAAGAUGAUCAUCAAAUCUUACAUAAUUCUUUACCAGGUGUAUCAACAACAUCAAAAUCAGGGACUUUCCAGACUGUUAUAAAACAUCCCAUAAAGUAUGCCUAUGCUCAUAAUAACAGUUUUUACAAGCAUUCAAAUAAAUAUAAAAUGUUACGUGUUACAGAUUUGCAUUCUUCACCGGCAACGUUAUCAACUCCAUCGAAUGUGUUAACAAGCAAACGUAAAUUGAUUAGUAACUAUAUUCAUAGAUCAAUAAAACAAAAACGUUUGUGUCCUGUUUCUUCAACGUCUUCAACAUCAUCACAAUCAGCGUCCAAGGACAGUCAUAUGACUAACAAGGCUACUUCUACUACUACUACUACUAAAAAUAAUAAUAAUAAGUGUUCAAUGUUAUCAAAUCAGAAGGAUAAUACAGAGAAAGGAUUAUUACAAAAGUCAGUUGAAAAUCAUAUAUCUACAAGUAUGAAAAAGAAUAGAGAUAAAAUCGAUAGUGAAAUGGAUACUUCACUCACUCCUACAACUACUAUCGAUCAUAAGAAUGAAAGUAUAAGUAGAGAAGACACUGAAGAAAUUCAUGAUAUUCAUCGUAGUACAAGACAUAACAGUUCAUCGUUGAAAUUAUCUGGAAAAGCUUCAGCCUUUUCGAUUGAAUCUAUUAUUGCAAAUAAUAAUAGUGAUAAUAAUAAUAAUACUGGUAAUCACAAUACAGAAGUAAAUACCAUUAAUACUAAUGUAGUAAAUAACAGUAACCAAAAUUCCCUCAGUUCCCAAGUGUCUUCACCAACUAAAACUGAUGACAAUGACAAAAGUUGUACAAAGUAUCCACAGACGAUUAACACCACCUAUCCAAUAUUAUUCUCAUCAUCACCGGGUUCAUUUUCAGACGAUUCAUCGAAAUCCUGUUGGAAUCGUUUGAAAAGUCCUAGUCAUUCACAACACUGUUCUGCAGAAAAAAAUGAAUUCAUGCCAAGUUACGAAAGAGAGUGGAAUGAAAAUGACGACUUUCAGUCAUCCCGUAGUCAUAAUGGAAAUGAGGAUAGAAUGAAAUUAGACAUUAGUCCAUCGAAUACAAUACCUUUAAAUCUCUCCAUAGACAGCAAAACUAAUAACAACAAUGAUAAACUGUAUGAAGGAUAUACUAAAUCUAUCAGUCCAUUUGAUAUGAUUAAGUCUGGCGCUUUUUCAUUCCCUUUUCAAACUCACACCACUUGUAAUUCACUGAACAGUGACAAUCAAUCCGUAGGCGAUCAAUUGCAGAAUAACCAAGACAACAGAAUGUUGACGAUGACAUCAGACAUCUAUAAUUCAGCCAAAAUUAAUAAAAAUAAUGCUAAGCAGAGUGGUUUAUUACCAAAGACAAUGGGAAGCGACUGGAAGUCUCAACAGUUUUCUCCAUAUCAUAACAUUAAUCACAACCAAAGUGAUAAAGACAAUAACAAUAGUAAUGGUAGUACCAGUAUCACUGAAAAUGACAAUAAUCUACAGGAUCAAAAACAUCAAAUUAAGCAUAAUAUUGAAAUGAGCGCAGAGAGAAAUAUACGCAGUGGUUCUACAACUUCGACAAAAACUCGACGAUCGAAAUAUGCCAAACCACUUAAAUACUCCCAACUUAACGGUGUCAGUCAAUCCGUCAUUACUUCUGGAUCAGAGGAAUUCUACAAAUCCAAUCCUUUUCAUUCAGUGAAAUUACACGAUGAACGACAUAAACCACAUGGGAUCAAAGUUUAUGAUAACGGAAAACUUUCUCACGUUAAAUGUCGACUAGAAACUAAAGAUUUAUGGGAGAAAUUCAAUGAAUUAGGCACAGAAAUGAUUAUUACCAAAUCUGGUCGACGAAUGUUCCCUGUAAUUCGUACAUCAUUCAGUGGAUUAGAACCAGAUACUAAAUAUCUAGUUCUAAUGGAUAUUGUCCCAGUGGAUUGUAAACGAUAUCGAUAUGCCUAUCAUCGUUCAAGUUGGUUGGUAGCUGGUAAAGCAGAUCCAGAGCUGCGUUUAAGGCAUUAUGUUCAUCCAGAUUCACCAUUCACAGGUGAACAACUUAUGCGACAAACCGUAUCAUUUGAAAAGCUGAAAUUAACCAAUAAUGUAUUGGAUAGACAAGGCUAUAUAAUUUUAAAUUCAAUGCAUAAAUAUCAACCAAGAGUACAUUUAAUUCAGCUGUCAAAUAUUAUUGACAAUGACAAUGAUAAAAAUCAUCAAGAUGUAAUUAAUUCAUUACUGAAUACAAUAACAUCGAAAUCACUUGAUAUUUUACCAACAGAAAAUAUUAAAACAUUUACAUUUCCUGAGACUAUUUUCAUUGCAGUUACUGCUUAUCAAAAUCAGUUAAUAACGAAGUUAAAAAUUGACUGUAAUCCAUUCGCUAAAGGAUUUCGUGAUUCUUCUCGACUUACAGAAUUCGAAAGAGAGUCAAUGGAAACUUUGUUGGCUCAGCAAGCCGUAGCUGCUUCAAUGGUCACAGGUAUACCACAUAUGUUCGGUUUACCGGCACCGCCUCUACCACCGACUCAAGUAGUUGGCUUGAAUAGAAACCAUCAUUAUCAACAUAUACCACAAAAAGUCUCCCAGCAUCAUACUGAUCAUUACAGAUCAAAAAAUAACUAUCCUAGCACGUGCAAAGUAUCGAUGACAUCCACAAUGAUGACCAGCAACACAUUGUCUUCAAUAUCAUCACCUAAUCUACCUCAAACACCCACUUCGUUAAAUCAUCGCAUAUCUCAGUGUAUAAAUCAAAAGUAUUCAAACAGUGGAAGUGAAUUAUUCAAUGAGCGAUUAACUGAAAAUGAAAAUAAGUCAGUACAAAAGAGUUCAGACUCAGAAGAACAAAACGAAGCUCAUUUACCUGACUCAAAUGAAUUACUACUAUUUUGGCGUCAAAAAUUCCUUGAAAAUACUUUUACAGCCUGUGUUAAUCAGAUUUUAUGGGAUCAUAAUAUGAAUAAUUCAAAAAAUAAGGAAAUGAAGUCUUUUCUACCACCAACAUCCAAACCGAUCACAUUAUCACCUAUGUCAAUGCAACCAUCAUCCCCUUCAAGAUCAACAACACCGCCAUUUUCUCCUAAUCAAUGUUCAAUGAUUAGUGACAAACUGACGAGUGAUAUAAAAAAACAACUAGUACCAACCAGUCUAAAUCUUCCUCAAUCAAUGAAUUACAAUAUUUCUGAUUUAAUGUCAUUUAAUCAAAAUGAUACCAAUAUUGAUAACAAUGAAAACUCGAAAAAUCCUCUAAUACAACAAUUAAUGUCUAACCACCAUAAUCAUCAGUUACCGUUAUUACAAUCUUACAGUGAUUUAUUGAAAGACUCAUUUUUGCUAAAUGGAAUGUCAACUGAUGUGUUGGGUAGUCAGAAACAUUUAUUUAAGCCUACCGAAACAGUUGACAAUCCCGCCUUUGUUUCCUCCGCCUCGUCAACGUCAUCAGCUGUAGACUGGGAAAAGUGGAAAAGUAACAGUCUACUCAGUGUACUGAAUCAGAUGUGGAAAUGUCAGUUGAAUACAUCAAAAAUAGAAGAAUAUUAUAGUGGAGAUGAAAAUAAACAAAGUAAAUUAGAUAAAACAAAAUGUCAUAAUAUCAAUGAAUUAUUGAACAUUACUGAUUGUAAACAUUUAAAUAAUAAUGGCAAUAAUACAAAUCAAACUGUAUUUGACAAUUUUAAGAAGCCUCAAUCUAUAAAAUUAUCAAGUUGGAUUGAUCAGAACAAAUAUCCUUUGGCUGAGAGCCAUUAUCAUUCUGAUGAGACGGAUAGAAUGCUUAAACCGAGAUCAGAUACAGUUAGUUCAAUUAUUUGAUUUUGAUGAAGACGUUAACCUCAACGCUGAGAACAAUUACUUAUCUAUAUGAAUGUGGAUCCAGCAGGCUGUAUAAAAACUGUCGGAAUAAAAAGAAACUACUUAAAUUAUUUGCAUAGUUAGAAUAUCGUCAUUGGAUUAUUAUCGAUAAUGUUAAUAUACUACUCUCGACAGGAUGAUUAGUAAAGAGUUUAUAUAUUUCAAUCAAUACUUUUGAAAUCAUUUGCUACUGCUGCUUAUCAUUUCAUCUAGACUAUAUUACACUACUGAAUUGUUCUGAAUUCAAUUCUACAUACAAUACAUAUUGCUGUACUUCACAAAACAAAAUAUUGUGUUCAGUAAAUCACUUGUAACUAAUUUUCUCUUUAAAGUUUUA